GUUUUAAAUUUAGCAAAUUGCUAAAUUCUUUCCUUAAGCAACAUGUCACUAUUCAAAGUUGUCAAUAAUGGUUAAAAAUCGUUUUUAGCGGGUUAUGUACAACAAGUACAUAAAAGUUUAUACAUAGCGAAUUAGUGGAAUAUACGUAUGCAACCCACAAUACACUUCAAGUCAGUUCUAAGCGGUAAAAAUAAACAAUACGAAAGCUUAACCUUACAAGCAAUCAUCACAUUGAAGUCAAGUUUUAAAACUGUACAAUGAUCCAUGGUUUUAUUUCAUAAACUUAGUCGGAUAUCAUUCCACAUACAACGAUUUUUUGCCAAGGAUUCCAAACCGAAAAUGAAAUACCUCUGUGUGGCAGAAAAGAAUGAUGCUGCUAAGAACAUUGCUUCAAUUUUAUCUCAUGGAAACUCAAAUAGGAGAAAUGGUUUAUCAACAUACAACAAGAUAUACACAUUUUCAUGUCAAAUUAAUGGAGUUGAAUCUGAUUGUGUGAUGACUUCUGUAUCUGGCCAUCUUCUGACCUAUGCAUUCAGUGGAAUACACAAAGCUUGGCAAGCUUGUGAUCCAAUCACUUUAUUUGAUGCUGAAGUUAAAAAGAUAUGUCCUGAAGAUUAUCAGAAGAUAAAGAAAACUAUUCAGAAAGAAUUGCGUUAUUGUGGAGCACUAAUAGUAUGGACUGAUUGUGAUAGAGAAGGAGAGAAUAUUGGAUAUGAAAUAAUACAAGUUUGUCAAGAAAUUAAGCCCAAUAUCGAAGUUUUUCGCGCCAAGUUUUCGGAAAUUACUGCAAGGUCUAUUACAAGGGCUAUCAAUAAUCUAGAGAGACCCAAUAAGAAUAUAAGUGAUGCUGUUGAUGUUAGAAGUGAAUUAGAUCUAAGAACUGGCGCCGCAUUUACUAGAUUACAAACGUUGCGACUUCAGAAAGUUUUUCCUGAUGUAUUGGAACAGAAAUUAAUCAGUUAUGGUUCCUGCCAGUUUCCUACAUUAGGAUUUGUAGUUGAGAGAUUCAAAGCCAUUGAAAAUUUCAUAGCUGAGCAGUUUUGGCAAAUUCAUUUGUCUCAUACAAUAAAAAAGUUAACAACUGACUUCACCUGGAAACGCAAUCGACUCUUUGAGAAAUCAGCGGUGCUGGCGCUUCUCGAUAUCUGUCUGCAAGCGAAUUCCGUACGCAUUGAAAGCGUAGAUAGUAAGCCGAAGAGUAAAUGGCGUCCAUUGCCUUUGGACACGAUUGAAAUGGAGAAGAUUAUAUCGCGUAAGAUGCGUCUCAGCGCCAAAGAGACCAUGAAGAUUGCCGAAAAGCUUUACACUUCUGGUUAUAUUAGUUACCCCAGGACAGAAACUAAUAUUUUUCCCAAGGAGAUAAACUUGCAGAAUAUUGUUCAACAACAAAUUGACGAUCCAGAUUGGGGUGGUUUUGCAAAUCGCAUCAUGAACGAAGGAGGGCCAACACCGCGCCAAGGCAAAAAGAGUGAUCAAGCUCAUCCUCCCAUCCACCCAACCAAAUAUACGAAAAAUUUGACCGGAAACGAGAAGCGAGUGUAUGAGUACAUUGUAAGGCAUUUUCUGGCGUGUGUGCACAAAGAUGCUAAAGGGCACGAGACGAUUGUUCAGGCAGAUUGCGGUGGUGAGAAGUUUACUGCAAAAGGAUUGGUUAUCUUAGAACGGAAUUACCUUGAUGUUUAUAUUUAUGAAAACUGGAACGGGAAGGAGAUUCAUGAAUAUCAGAUUGGAGAUACUUUUGUGCCAACUCGUCUUGAAUUGGGUGAAGGUGUAACUAGUCCACCAAAACUUUUAACUGAAGCCGACCUCAUUGCCUUGAUGGAGAAACAUGGGAUUGGUACAGAUGCAACUCAUGCUGAACAUAUUGAAACAAUCAAAAGUCGUGAUUACGUUUCUCUACAUCAAAACAUUUACUUUGUGCCAGCUGCACUCGGAAUGGGACUUGUGGAAGGAUAUAAUAAUAUGGAGUUAGAAAUAUCAUUGGCGAAGCCAAAUUUGCGCUCAGAUUUCGAAAACGACUUAAAACUUAUUUGUGAUGGUCAAAAACGCGCCCAGGAUGUUUUGCAGGAUCAAAUAGCUAAAUACAAAGAAGUGUAUCGCAUUGUUUCCCAAAAAAUGACAACCAUUGAUAGUACUCUACAACAAAGAUUAAACCGUGUACCGCGUCCGUAUAAUGAAGCACAGAUUAUGAUGGGUUCAUCGGAUAAAUGGGCACUGAAAUGUCCUAAAUGUGGAGGAAACAUGUUCUUGCGUCAGAGAUCCAACGGGUCGGGAUGGUUUUUAUCCUGUGCAAAUUACCCACCGUGCAGGAAUGCGAUUUGGUUCACAGGUGUUAACUCUGCGCAAAUCAUGGAUGAAACCUGUCCAACUUGUGGACCGGACGUAAGAAAAAUCAAAUUUACUUUCCGACAAAAUCCGUUUCUUGGAGAGCCAAAUCCUAAUGUGUUAUGUAUUGGCGGAUGUGACAUCGCUGUUUUAUCCGCCUUAGACAUUCAGUUGUCUUCUGUGAAGAAAGUAAACACACCAGGUUUACCCGUUCAGGAAGCGCCUCCACCACCACCACUACAAAACAGAACUAACAAUUACAACAAUCAGAAUGGGCCUACAAAGAAAACAAGCCAGACCAAAUCAACAACGACACAAGUCCCUCCUAAUCAAUCUACAAUCACGUCAUGGAUGGGUGGCGGAAAUACAAAUAAUACAACAAAUGUCCAAAAUAUUCCAAACAAUCGUCCCAAUUCUCUAGGAUCUUCCGGGAACACUUCAGUAUCUACUGAUAAUGGUCGCACACCUGAUACACAGAUAUGUAAUUGUAACCGGGAAGCUGUGGUCCUAACAUGCCGAAACGGAGCGAAUGCAGGUCGUCAGUUUUAUAAAUGUCCGUUGAAUAAUCAAACUGGAACAGGAGGGUGUAAAUACUUCGCUUGGAAGGACGAAGAUCAGACACCUAACACAAGUAACGCAGGAUCUUAUCAACCGCCCGCCAAUGGCAAUAAUAAUGGAGAUGAUUCUGACGACGCCGGACAACCUGCACAAUGCCAAUGUGGUAUGCCUGCUGCGAUGCGUACUGUCUCCAAAGACGGCGCAAACAAAGGUCGGCAAUUUUAUUCCUGUCCAAAACCAAUGGGGCAGGGGUGCAAAUUUUUUGAAUGGGCAGAUGAAGACAAUAACGGAACAUCAAAGCGAAGGAUUCCACUAAAAAGACGGAAUGCACCUGUAGACAAAAAAAAACAAGCUAAAUUGUCUAAAAGGAAAUGUAGCAUUUGUCACCAAACAGGUCACGUCAGACCAAAAUGUCCAUUAAAAGGUCAAAAAUGAAUAAGAAUGUAGUGUAUAGUGUUACAGGGAUGUAAAUAUAUUUAUUUUUACAUGA